GCCUGCAAAGAAACCAGAUUACACAUACCCCGAAGCACAUAAGAAAGGCCGAAAAAGAGCAAGCCAAAGCGAAGAUGAAGCAGCCAACAAAAAAAAGGAGGACAAAGAUACAUACCUUCAGUUGCACAUGUAUGAGGUCUACAACAGGCUGGAUGAAAUAUCAAAGAAGAAGUUGGAAAAUUACUGGAAAUCUGCAUCUGAUUCUGAUGAGGACGCUUUUUACCUACAAAAUAGGACAAUAUUGUACAAACAUAACAUUGAAAAGCUGAUGGGAGAUGGUCCAAUUUCUGCACUAAUCAUCGAUGCUUAUGGAGAGGCACUUAAUGAUGAUGCGAAGCAGAACCCUCAGAAACAGAAAAAUGCAUAUUUGUCCGCCAAUAACUAUAUGUUUUUGCGAGGUGCCUCACACAAGCUGACAUAUCAUGCUUUCUAUAUGCCACUCCUAGAAAAUAUUGGAAGAGUUGAUAGAGUGUUCAUACCAAUUACAGAUGAGAACCACCAUACGCUGCUUGUCUUUGACACCGGUGCAGCAAAAUGGACACACUUCAACUCAUUCAGGGGGACAUCAGAACAAACUCUCCAAUAUUAUCACAAGAAGGCAAUUGUUUUGGUUGAGACAGCAAAUAUAUUCCUCUGUCUUCUUAAGGAAUGUGCUGCAGUAUCACUGAAAACAAAACUCGUCCAAAUUCCUGAUUUUGAUGCCAAGAUGCCGAGAGGGCUUAAUGAAGCUUCAGCUAGAAUGAUAUCAAAAAUACUUGCCAGCAACGAACUUACACCAGAAUAUGCUCAGACAAUGAAGUAUCUGAUUUGUCAUGAUACUACUAACUUCAAGCUGACUGAGAACAGAGAAUGUCCCCAACAAGCAAACAAUUCCAAUGAUUGUGGCGUCUUUGUCAUGCACUUCAUGAAGCAGCUUUCCAAAGACCAACAAAUAGAAUCAGAUUUCAACAAAGAAAAGGUCUGGCAAAUGAGAAAAGAAGUCCUCAUGAAAAUUAUGAGCAAUGAAAGAAGUUGGAUUUCCAUCAAAGAAAGAGAAGAGAGAAAUGCAAAAUAA